AUGCCCAAUUGUGGCGGUGAAACUGUGGCUCAGCAAUUACAGAAGGCUCCAGCUCCAAGCGUUACCUUAGUUAGUGCAGCGCGGCUACACCGAGGCAUCAACACCUUCUCCCCCGAAGGUCGUCUCUUCCAGGUCGAAUACUCUCUCGAGGCCAUCAAGCUCGGCUCCACGGCCAUCGGCGUAGCCACCUCCGAGGGUGUCAUCCUCGGCGUCGAGAAGCGAGUCACCUCGACCCUCCUCGAGACCUCCUCCGUCGAGAAGAUCGUCGAGAUCGACCGCCACAUCGGUUGCGCCAUGUCAGGUCUCCAGGCCGAUGCCCGCUCCAUGGUCGAGCACGCCCGUGUCGAGAGCCAGUCCCACGCCUUCAACUACAACGAGCCCCUCCGUGUCGAGAGCUGCACUCAGGCCAUCUGCGAUCUCGCUCUGCGCUUCGGUGAGGGUGCUGAUGGUGAGGAGACUAUCAUGAGUCGUCCCUUUGGUGUGGCUCUGCUCAUCGCUGGCUUUGAUGAGGAUGGUCCUCAAUUGUUCCACGCAGAGCCCAGUGGUACCUUUUACCGCUACGACGCCAAAGCUAUUGGCUCUGGUUCCGAAGGCGCCCAGGCUGAGCUACAGAACGAAUACCACAAGUCUUUGACGCUCACAGACGCAGAGACCCUUGUUCUCAAGACGUUGAAGCAGGUCAUGGAGGAGAAGCUCGAUGCCAAGAACGUGCAGUUGGCCAGCGUAACCAAGGAGAAGGGCUUCAGAAUAUACACAGAUGAGGAGAUGGCCACAGUCGUGGAGCGACUGCCAGCCAACUAA